AGGUUUUGAGCACUCAAUGAAACUCCAGCUUCUUCUUCUCAGCGCGCUCCUGAUAUCUGUCGAGGGAUUCUCUGGAUUGAACCCUCUACCUUUGACAGCUCUGAGAGCACGAGCAUGCACAGCACGCCCCCAUGCUUGGAGGAUGCAGGCGACUUCAGGGCCUGACCCUGACAAGCCAGACGAGAGCGGAGCAUCAGCUAAUUUCGACAUGUCUGCCCUUAAUGCCCGUAUCAGCAAGCUGAAGGAGCGAGAAGCCAACCCUGUCCUCAACCUUCAAGACAAAGUUUCAGAUGCGCUUGAACCGAUGUCAAUGGAGGCCAUGAAGCUCAAACAGAAGAUCCCCGACCCACGAGGAGCGAUCCCUGUCACCGGACUGCCAAAGUGGGUCCUUCCUCUUAGCCUCAUCGUCGGCCUCUCGGUCUUCUCUGCCAUCGUCCAGUCCACCUCCGGCGGCUCUUCUGACGUCUCCGGGUUGGCGUCUGGUAGCUUCUAGGUGUUCUGUGACGCUGUUUGACAAUAUAGUGAUUUUCAACUUUCUC